AUGACCUCCAUGAGGUAUUAUCGUUGCCCCAAAGAUGAUCGACGUACGAUGGAUUACCGUUACCAGAAUUUUUCUCAGCUUUUCCAAUGGAAUCCUGCAAAAUCAUCUCCGAUUCCGAAGCUCCGGUUCGUGGAAUUACUAACUACAAGUAAACACAAAUCACUGAAAUUAAACCGAAAAAACUACAACAUACGACGUCAUCGAAUCAUCACCAGAUCUUCUUCUUCUGGGUCAGAUGAAAAUAAUGGAUUUUCACCUGCACCCAGUAGGGUUUUCAGAGAAGGAAAGAAUUUUUUGAAUGAUAGAAUGCAAGAAGGUUUCUUGCAAAGAAUUCGGUAUGCUAUGAAGCCUGAUGAAGCUUUUGGACUUACUUUUUCAUGGGAUAAUGUAGUGGUAAAUCAUUCCAUUACGACACAAUGCUUGAAUUUGUGUUUCCUGCAAUAGAGUUCGAGCUUUAGCUAUUCUGUACAUGUCUGGUUACUUAAAGAUAGAUUGUUAUCUCAUACAACAUCAUGUGAUCUUCAGGAAGACACAAGAACAUUGAAGUUAAAUGCUUGGGAACAUCUUGCCUCCCAAGA